UUUAUUUGUUUGUUUUAAAGUCCAGACAGAAACGAUUCCCGCUGCGGAACACACGUAGAUUUUUCUUCGCGCCAGUUCGCUUUUAGCUUAUUUCAGCUGAGGGACCAGCUUUUCUACAUUCGAGCUUUAAAAUGUAUAUUUCGUUGAGUUGUCUGGGGCGAAAUGUUUCCAUCCCUCCCGUGGAAGCGAGGGAGGAACGCAGUGCAUUUUCGGGUCUGCUCGAGAGGCGCGGGCCCUUCUCCUUUUGAAAGUUUAGAUCUCCAAUACCCUCGAUUCUACUGGCAGAAUUAGGAUGGACUUGGAGGGUCCUAAACGUGACCAUUCACUAAGGCGGGGGGCUACAGCUUGCAACAACGUGCUCGGCAACUUAAUCUUACACGAAAAAGAGCACAGAGCUAAAAAGAACGGAAUACGAACUCUGCCGACAUUUGCGGUCGCGUCCCAGGCGGACCGUGCGUUUUACAGCUGAUGGGCACGCGUGUGUUUUGGAGCAAGGAGCAGAGAAGAUGGUCUCUAGCGAGCCGUUGCUGCUGCCUGUGUCACUGGAGGGCGAGUUCUCCAAUAGCAUGAAGGAGAUGAUCGGCGGCUGCUGCGUGUGCUCCGACGAGAGGGGCUGGGCCGAGAACCCGCUUGUCUACUGCGACGGGCACGGCUGCAAUGUCGCAGUGCAUCAAGCUUGCUAUGGAAUUGUUCAAGUACCCACUGGACCUUGGUUUUGCAGGAAGUGUGAAUCUCAGGAAAGAGCAGCCAGAGUGAGAUGUGAAUUAUGCCCUCAUAAGGAUGGUGCUUUAAAGAGAACAGAUAAUGGGGGUUGGGCUCAUGUGGUUUGUGCUCUGUACAUUCCCGAGGUGCAGUUUGCAAAUGUUUCUACAAUGGAACCUAUCGUGUUGCAGUCUGUUCCUCACGAUCGUUAUAAUAAGACAUGCUAUAUUUGUGAUGAACAAGGCCGAGAAAGUAAAGCAGCCACUGGUGCUUGUAUGACAUGUAAUAAACAUGGAUGUCGACAAGCUUUUCAUGUAACGUGUGCACAGUUUGCAGGACUUCUUUGUGAAGAAGAAGGCAAUGGUGCAGAUAAUGUCCAAUACUGUGGCUACUGUAAAUACCAUUUUAGUAAACUGAAAAAGAGCAAACGGGGAUCUAAUAGGUCAUAUGAUCAAAGUUUAAGUGAUUCUUCCUCUCACUCUCAGGAUAAACAUCAUGAGAAGGAGAAAAAAAAAUAUAAAGAGAAAGAUAAACACAAGCAAAAAUAUAAGAAGCAGUCAGAGUCCUCACCGUCCUUGGUUCCAUCUCUUACUGUAACUACAGAGAAAACAUACACAAGCACUAGCAACAACUCUAUGUCAGGCUCCUUGAAACGGCUGGAAGAUACCACAGCUCGGUUUACAAAUGCAAAUUUCCAGGAAGUUCCUACACACGUUUCAAGUGGAAAAGAUUCUUCAGAGGCUAGAGGGUCAGAGAGCAAAGGGAAGAAAUCUGCAGGUCAUAGCUCAGGUCAGAGGGGAAGAAAGCCUGGUGCUGGAAGAAAUCCAGGAACAACUGUGACUGCAGCUAGCCCUUUUCAGCAAGGAAGCUUUUUGGGCACUCCUGGGAGCAUAAAGUCAUCUUCUGGAAGCUCAGUUCAAUCUCCGCAGGAUUUUUUGAGUUUUACAGACACAGAUCUGCGAAGUGAUAGUUUCACGCAUUCUCAACAGGCUUCGUCAACCAAAGAUGUACAUAAAGGAGAGACUGGGAGUCAAGAGGGGGGUGUCAAUUGUUUCACUUCCUUAAUUGGUCUCCCUUCAUCGUCAGCUGUUUCCCAAUCUAAAAACUUUGACAGCUCACCUGGAGACAUAGGUAAUUCUGGCCUUACUUCUACAGCAUACAAACGAGCUCAAACUUCUGGAAUAGAAGAAGAAACUGUAACAGAGAAGAAACGGAAAGGAAAUAAGCAAAGUAAACAUGGGCCUGGUAGACCCAAAGGAAAUAAAAGUCAAGAAAGUAUUUCCCAUCUUUCAGUUUCUUCUGCUUCCCCAACUUCAUCUGUGGCAUCUGCUGCAGGAAGUGUGACAAGCUCCGGUCUUCAGAAAUCUCCAACUUUGCUCAGGAAUGGAAGUUUACAAAGUCUUAGUGUUGGCUCCUCUCCAGUGGGUUCAGGUAUUUUUAGCAGCAAUGAUGUAGCAGUAUCAUUUCCAAAUGCAGUAUCUGGCUCAGGAUCUAGCACUCCCGUUUCCAGUUCUCAUUUACCUCAGCAGGCUUCAGGCCACUUGCAGCAAGUGGGAGCUCUGUCACCUUCAACUGCGCCUUCUAUAACUACUGUUGUUGCUGCAACUCAGGCAAGCACCCUACCUGGAUCUUCUCUCAGUCUGCCUCCAUCCCACAUGUACGGCAAUAGGCUGAAUCCAAAUUCGGCAAUGGCAGCACUUAUAGCUCAGUCUGAAAACAGCCAAGCAGAUCAAGAUCUCGGAGAUAAUAGCCGCAGCCUUGUUGGCAGAGGAGGUUCACCCAGAGGAAGUCUCUCACCACGAUCCCCUGUAAGCAGCUUGCAGAUUCGCUAUGAUCAAUCAGGGAACAGUUGUGGGGAAAAUUUGCCCCCAGUAGCAGCCAGCAUAGAACAGCUUCUGGAGAGGCAAUGGAGUGAAGGACAGCAGUUUUUAUUAGAGCAAGGCACCCCUAGUGACAUUUUAGGAAUGCUUAAAUCAUUACACCAGCUUCAGGUUGAAAAUAGGCGGUUAGAAGAACAGAUAAAGAAUCUGACUGCUAAGAAGGAACGGCUUCAGCUACUCAAUGCACAGCUUUCGGUGCCGUUUCCAACAAUAACUUCAAAUCCUAGCCCUUCUCAUCAAGUACAUGCCUUUCCAGUACAAGCAGCACCUAGCACCGAUUCCUUGAACAGCAGUAAAAGCCCUCAUCUGGGAAACAGUUUUUUACCAGACAAUUCUCUUCCGGUAUUAAAUCAGGAGAUAACCUCCAGCGGACAAAGCACCAGCAGUUCAUCAGCUCUUUCCACUCCACCACCUGCUGGGCAGAGUCCAGCUCAGCAAGGCUCAGGAGUCACAGGAGUUCAACAGGUCAAUGGUGUGACAGUGGGGGCACUAGCUAGUGGUAUGCAGACUGUAACCUCCACCAUUCCUGCAGUGCCUGGUGUGGGUGGAAUAAUUGGAGCUCUGCCAGCCAGCCAGCUGGCAAUCAAUGGAAUUGUAGGGGCUUUAAAUGGGGUAAUUCAGACCCCAGCAACAAUAUCACAGAACCCUUCUCCUCUCACUCACGCAACUGUGCCACCCAAUGCAACGCAUCCUCUGCCAACCACGUUAAAUAACAGUGCCUCAGGACUAGGAUUACUUCCUGACCAGCAGAGACAACUUCUUCUCCAUCAACAGCACCAGCAAUUUCAGCAGUUACUAAGUACCCAGCAACUCACAUCAGAACAACAUCAGGCCCUUUUGUAUCAAUUAGUACAGCAACAGCAUCACCACCACCAACACCAUCAGUCUGAAGUACAGCAAUUGCAGAUUACCGGAGGAGCACAGAUACCCAUGAACAGCUUACUUUCAGGCACACAGGCCUCGCCACUUAAUGCAGCUACUACCAACCCAUUCCUUACAAUUCAUGGAGAUAACGCAGCUCAGAAGGUGACAGUCGUUCCUUCUAUCACUUUACUUGAACAGUGUGUCCUGGCCAGGCCUCUGGCACUGUGGAGCUGCAGAGAUUAGGUGAUGACUUGAGAGAGGAGGAGCCUGUUGCUGGGAAGGUGAAAUAUGUGUUAGAAGAAUGGGUUAUGUGUAUCUUGGUCCUGGCGUGAGAAGGUGAGGCUGUACACAGGGAGGCGGAACAACUCCUUUGCUAGGUAGAGUAAUACAACCUUUCCUAGACAGAUAGGGAAACAAGACACAUUUUUCUGGCAAAGAUGUUCCGUUGUCUUCAGCAUUUGCCCAUAACCUCCAUCCCCAAGGCAGGAAUUUUCUUCAAAGAGUCAGAGAAUAGACUUCAUUCUCUGAGUCAUACAGUUAAGAUCAGGGAGGAUGAAGGGAAGGAGUGUGUGGAGCUUGUAAAAAUGAAGGAUGAGUAGAGCAGGAAGACAAAGUUCCUGUAUUCCUUGGAGAAGACACCAAGUAGUAGUGAAAAAAGGGAAGAUUGUCUGCAGCCGUGGGUGGGGAGAGUUUGGGGCUAGACAUUGGUUUCCUCUCUGCUCCCCACCCCCAAAGCCUCCAGCUACUUUAGGGGCACAGUGGUGGAGAAGGACUCGGGCAGCUGGGCUUUUGUGGUACUUCCCAAAUGUAAGGUGAGACACAAAACAGAAAUGAUGAGUUUUCAAGACAGUUUUCCUGGAAACAGCUCCCUUCCAUUCAAAAAUACGAGCAUUUACUUUGAGCAUGCCAGUUUGGUCCGUUGUUGUGAUGUUGGAACUGGACUGCAAGCUGCAGGGCUCCGGUAGAUCCCUGUCUUUCCUGGUCACUGACUGUCAGAGCAGAAGCGCUCCAUCACUGGGGCUUGCGCAGUGCCUUGCUUCCAUUUAGAAAUGCUCACCAUUUGUUCUGGUAGAUCUAAAAUUUAUCUCCCCUCAUUUUCUAAAAAUUGGUAGUGAAUGGAAUUGAGGCCCUCUAUUUGUUUUUCAACAGAACAAACUAUUCCUUAUGUGACCUUAUUUUUAAUUUUUGAAAUGGCUACUGCUAGGUUUGGACAGCGUGACCGGGCAGCACUAGUAUGUGCUACCCUUAGAAAUAAAUUUCUUUUGAAAUUGCCUUUUUUUAAAAAAAAAAAACCAACAGGUUGGAAUUGAGACAGAUUGCAUUGGAUUGUUGAACCAUUGUAAUGCAAACAUAAUUUUUAACAAAUUCUCUAUUUGCCAAAAGUUUGAACGUUAUAACCUCAUUUCCAGCUGGAGGAGGUUUUCCGGCAU